AUGGGAGAGAAAGAAGGACUGAGGGGGGUCAGGUACAGAAUCACCAACUUCCUCCCAACUGAUUACUUGAUCAGGAUUGCCAGCACCUCGGGACACUAUUGGCUGGUCUUCCUGUUGCUCUUCGUGAGCAAGCAGAGUGGCGGGGCAGAGAGGGCCGGCCCGGAGCGGCCCUCAGCUCUGCCCCCGCGGCUCUCCCUUCAGAUCGGACAUGGCUCGGGAGCCCAGGCCCAGCGCUGCCCGGCGGGGCUGGAGGAGGCCGUGGGGCGCAGCCGCCUCCCGAGCGGAGUCGCAGCCCCGUCGGGGGCCCGGACCAGGAGGAGGUUCCGCGAGGGGCCGCGCUUGGCUGAAACCCGAAACACCGAGUUCCGUCCUGGCCCCCGCGGCGCCGGAAGCGUGCCCCCUUCUCUUUCUCCCAGGAAGGGCCUUCCACCCCCGGGAUCAGCGGCGUCCCGAGGCUCCCGGGCCGCCCACCCAGACUUCCUGAGGCCAGAAGGCAAGACUGAGAACCACACCAGGAUCAGCAUGCCUGGGUCAGCCAGAGGGGCCUGCGGAGGGCCCAGAUCUGACUGGCCAGGAGCCUGUGGGCAGUUGCCCCUCCUGCCACCGGGAGCCACCUGCAAGGCUCCCCGUUCAGAGCCCAGCGGGGAAGCUAGUUUGCUGGGGUCUCCCAAAGUGACCUUGGUCAAGUGCCUAGGGGGCUCUUUUGGUGAAGAAUCCUGGGAUUCUAAGGAAAAGCUGGAAACCUGUUUCCCCAGAUGGGGUCUAGGCAAGGACUCUGGCCCCCCGGCAGUGAUCCUCUCCCCGCUUCUAUUACAGCAGCAGCUACAGUCUGGAUUACGAACUGUACCGGGAAGACGGCCCCUGCAGGGGGUACGAACACCAGGGGGUCCCUCCCCUCCUCCACCGCGUGCCUGUCAGGAUCCGGAAGGCCCACCUGGGCACGGGGGUCAAGGGCCGCUUCAGUCCCCACAGGGCCCCCAGAAAGAGCCAGCUGCCCCCCGAGAUAAAGCGGGUGAGCUGAGCCACAUCAAGGCCCAGGUGGACCGCCUGCUGGAGCACGUGGAACUCAUGGAGCAGCAGAGGGGCCAGCUUCCAGGGACAGAGGGCUGUGAACAGAACAGGGGCUCUGGGAGUCAGGGGUCCUUAUGCAGAACCACUGAACCCAGGCAGGAGCCCAGAGGCCUGAGGGCCCGUCCGGAGGCGGAAGGCUCCCAGGAGCACACAGACACGGAGGCCGUGGUCAAGAAUCAGGCGUCAGACCAGGGCUGUCAGUAGCAGGCUGGAACCCCUCCAGGCUCAUCAGCUCCAGGCACCGUCCUUGCCUCGAGUGUUUUCUCGAGGGUCUCUCAGCAGCACCCAUGCCACCCAUUCUGGAGCCAGGGCGAUGGAAAUGGAGGCGUGGCUCAGCCAGACCAGCCAGGGACCCGGCCCUAGUGCUGGUUUUAGCUUUGUCCAGAUGGCAGCCUAGGUGCUGCAGGGAAGGGGGGGCCCGCAGCUGCCCGGCACCAGCGCACCAUCUCAUAGAGCCGAGGCCUGCUCCUGCAAGCGGAGCUGGAUGCCCACUCCCUGGAGCAGCGUCAGCUCUCCUCCCUCUCAAAGCCCCCCGUCCACAGGGGGCUGAGUGUCCACAGGGUUCCCAUUUUUACUUUGU